AUGACUACGGACUUGGAAGAGCAGGAAGAAGAAAUGCUGGCCCUCCAGAGUAUUUUUGAUCCGGAGGAGUUCGUCCGGAAUGAGCCGAAGUCUGCCGGAAAAAUCCGAGUGUCUGUAGAGCUGCCUGCAGCUUUCACGGUGUCUCUGAGAGAGGGUGAAAUGUUGAGGCAGUAUGAGAUAUCAUUCCUCCCACCUCUGCUUCUGACCUUUGAGCUCCCAGAGAAUUAUCCUUCCUCCUCCCCUCCCUCCUUCACUCUCACCUGCAGCUGGCUGACUCACACACAGCUGUCUGCAUUGACUGCUCAUCUCAUCGAUCUCUACCAGACCACUGGAGGCGCUGUGGUGCUCUUCUCCUGGGUACAGUUUCUAAGAGAGGAUGCUCUCAGAUUCCUGAAUAUUGAUUCUCGGCUGGAGCUACCCUCUGAUGAGCACAACACCCGGAACUCUAGCCAGGAUACACAAAGUUGUAAUGUUUCUGCACCAUCCUCUGAAGCAGACCCGGACAAAACCCAAUCCCCCUCUAGUCUCUCCCUCACCCCAGCACAAGCUCUCCAGUCUCAGCUCUUGAUCUACGAUGCGGCCCAGAAGCAGAAAGUGUUUGCCAGCACGUUUUUUGACUGUGGUGUGUGUUUUAUGGGUUGGCCCGGUUCGCAGUGUGUGCAGUUAAUGGAGUACGGUCAUGUCUUCUGCAAGGCUUGUCUCGCCAAUUUCUGUGAGGUCCAGAUAAAAGAAGGGAACGUCCAGGGUGUCACCUGUCCUCAGGCAGACUGCACUGCCACCCCGGCACCUGCAGAGAUAAAAAGUCUUGUAGGGGAGGAGCUGUUCAGCCGCUAUGACCGUCUCCUGUUACAGUCCACUCUGGACAGUAUGCCUGAUGUGGUGUACUGUCCACGGCGCACCUGUGGAUCUGCUGUCAUUCUGGAGAAGGGCAGCAAUGUGGCGAUUUGCUCUUUAUGUAACUUCGUUUUCUGUGUCACCUGCAAAAAGACCUACAUUGGAACAGGUGUCUGCUGUAAAAAGAAGAAACAGACAGUAAAAGAUUCACUUCAAGCUCAUGUAGACCUCCCACAGUCUAAAGAGGGUUUGAUGGCUCUGUGGGACGACUACGUCAGUGGCAGCAAGCAGAGGCAGCACCUGCUGGAGAGCAGGUACGGCGGUAAUACCCUGAAUGUCACUGUGGAGGGGUGUCUGACUGAAAAUUGGUUGGUUUUGAACAGCAAGAAUUGUCCUUACUGCUUCUGCAGGAUACAGAAAGACAGAGGAUGUAACAGAAUGAUUUGCUCUCAGUGUAAUCAGCUGUUCUGCUGGGGCUGUUUGGCUAAAGUGAAACCAUGUAGCAAUCACUUUCGGGACUGCACAGCAUAGCAGUACUACCCGACCUAAUUC